ACCAAAAAUGGCUUCUAAGAAAAAAUCAAGAACAUCUGCUGAUGAAUUAAAACAAGAAGAAGUCCUCCAGGCGGUUGUAGUAGCUGAUAGUUUUGAUGACAAACUAGCUCCGUUGACCCAUUCGAAACCUAGAGCCCUUCUACCUAUAGCUAACACACCACUGAUUGACUACACACUAGAUUUCCUUGUGGAAGCUGGAGUCCAGCAAAUAUUUGUAUUCUGUAAGUGUAAUGCUGAGGAAAUCAAAGAACACAUAAAAAAAUCUAAAUGGAGCCAUGAUUCACUAGCAUGUUCCGUUGAAGUAAAAAUAGUUGGUAGUGAUGUGCUCUCAAUGGGGGAUGUUUUAAGAGAGGUGGAUGCCAUGUCGCUAAUCAAGAAUGACUUUAUUCUCCUUACUGCCGACAUUAUAGCAAAUGUUGACCUAACAGCAAUUCUAAAGGCCCACAAGGAAAGGAAGAAAACAGACAAAUCAUCCAUCAUGACCCUUGUUUUCAAAAAGUCAUCCCCAGGCCAGAGGUCAAAGGGUAAAGGUGAAGAUGUUGUCAUAGCAAUGAGAGCAAAUGAUGGGAUGCUUCUGAGUUACUGCAGACCUGGAUCCGAAAAUGUCAUAGAUCUGCCAUUGGAGGUCCUACAAAAGGAGGCUGAAUUGGAUCUACGUAAUGACCUUCUGGACCCUCAGAUCAGCAUUUGCUCCACAUAUGUUCCUCAACUAUUCACAGAUAACUUUGAUUAUCUCACUAGGGAUGAUUUCAUCAAAGGCAUUCUUGAAAAUGAGGAGAUCCUAGGUCACACAAUGCACUGCUAUAUGGUGGAGAAAGAUUAUGCUGCAAGGGUGUCCAGUCUACAUAUGUAUGAUGCUGUCAGUAAAGAUGUAAUGAAUAGAUGGAGCCACCCAUAUGUGCCAGACAAUGCCGUGACUGGGGAGAAUUGUUAUGCUCACACAAGGCAUGGUAUCUACCUCCACAAAAAUGUUUCCCUAGCCUGGGGGUGUAAGCUGAAGGAGAAUGUUGUGAUAGGUGCCCAUAGUUCUGUAGGCAGUAACUCAAGUUUAAAUCAAUGUGUAGUAGGGUCUAACUGCCACAUAGGAGAAAAUGUUCACCUUGACAACUGUUACAUCUGGGACAAUGUUACCAUUGAGGCAGAUAGUUGUGUACAAAGUUCAAUGCUUUGUGACAAUGUGCAACUGAAAAGUAAUGUUAAGAUACAAGCUGGAUGUGUCCUGGCCCAAAAUGUGAUAGUAGGCCCAGAUGUUACUAUUAAAGAGGAGACAAUAUUGGUAGCAGCUCCAAUAAGAGAUGAUGAGGACUUCAGUGAUGGAGAACAUAAUGCAGCAUUAGCGGUGUGUGAUACAUCACUGGUUGGGAUUGGAGGUCAAGCGUAUGUCUAUGAGAAAGAUGAGGGGAGUGAUAUAGGAGACUGGGAGACUGACAGCUAUUGUAGUUCUGAAGAAAGUGACAGCGAACCAGAGGAAAUGACUCCGCCCCCUGAUGAUGCAAAAUUGUUCUAUAAUGAAGUCAUAGAUACAUUGGAGAGAGGACAUCAAGAAAAUAUUACAGUGGAAAACAUGAUAGUAGAAAUCAAUUCCCUUAAGCAUGCUUACAACAUACAGAUCCGUGAUGUUAACAAUAUGGUGGUGAAGUCUAUAGUAGACCUACCUCAACGCAAUGAUGAUGAAAUAGAACCAACUAUUCUUUUACCAAAAAUAAAAAAUAAUGUCUCAAAAUUCCUUCCAAUAUUCCAAAAGUAUAUUCGGAGUCAAGAAUCCAAGAGGGACUGCUUGCAAGCUUUAGAGGAAUAUUAUACAGAGCACACUGCCACUAGUAAAGUUCUGCCAAGUGUUCUUUCAAUACUAUAUAAUGAAGAUAUUCUAGAUGAAGAUGUUAUCUUAUCUUGGCAUGAGGCUCUCACAAUAAAAUCUCUCAAGUCCCAGAUUGGGCCAUUCAUCCAAUGGCUGCAGGAGGCUGAAGAGGAAAGUGAUGAGGAGAGUGACUGAGUUUAAUUACCAUGGUUACAGAAAACAUUCAUCUCAAUAUUUAUGGACAAUAAUGUAUCAAUGACCGGUUUUCAUCAAACUAUUGCCAUAUCAUGAUAUGAAACUUAAAUUUGAAUCCAUAAAGGACAGUUGUAUAGACAUGAUACAAAGGAUGAAUAUUUAUUAUUGUUUGUCAUUAUUUUUCAUAUCAAAUAUGAAAAUAAAAAAUACUGAAAUAAUCUUGGUAUGCAAAACUAUCUCAUGUACAAUGUAUUUGUUUUUUAAGGUUCUGAGUUGAUCAUGGUUUAGUCCUGUUCAUCAUUCCAUUCUUAUCACAAGCAAAAUGAUGAGUCUGGAUAUAUGCCCUU